AUGGCUCCCGCUACCACCUUCACCCUCAACGAUGGCCGCAAGAUCCCCUCUAUCGGUCUUGGUACCUGGCAAUCCGAGCCCGGACAGGUCGCCCAGGCUGUCGAGUCUGCCCUCAAGAGCGGCUACAGGCACAUCGAUGCCGCUUGGGCCUAUGGCAACGAGAAGGAGGUCGGCCAGGGUAUCAAGGCCUCUGGCGUCCCCCGAGAGGACAUCUGGGUCACCUCCAAGCUCUUUGAGCUUCACCACCACCCCGAGCACGUCGAGCUCGCCGUCAGGGACACCUUGAAGAACUUGGGUCUCGAGUACCUUGACUUGUACCUCAUGCACUGGAACAUCGGUCUCCAGGUCGACGCCCCUGAGGGUACCCUUCCCCAGCAGGAGCACGUCCCCAAGGGCAAGGACGACAAGCCCAAGCUCGACGUUGCCAUCUCUGACGACCCCUCUUCCACCUGGAAGGCUCUUGAGAACCUCGUCGAGAAGGGUCUCGUCAAGUCUAUUGGUGUCUCCAACUUCAACAUCAACCGACUCGAAAAGCUCCUCAAGACUGCCAAGAUCCAGCCCGUUGCCGACCAGGUCGAGCUCUCCAUUCAGUGCCCCCAGCCCGAGCUCGUCGCCUACCUCACAUCCAAGAACAUCCUUCCCCAGGGUUACUCUCCCCUCGGUGGUACUGGCAAGUCCAACCUCCGAGAGAACAAGGCCGUCGAAAAGCUCGCCAACAAGUAUGGUGUCCAGACCGCCAACAUUCUUUUGUCUUGGUUGGUUGAGAGGGGUGUAAACCCUGUCCCCAAGUCGGUCACUCCCGAGAGGAUCGCCAACAACAUCAAGCUUGUUGACCUCUCCAAGGAGGACUUUGAGGAGCUCGAGCAGCUCGCUCAGACCACUCCUUCCAGCCGAGUCUGUGACCAGUCCGACUCGUUUGACCCCACCUACGACAUCUUCCAGGAGAAGGACUCUGAGUUCUCCGACAAGGCUCAGUUCGCCAAGCUUGGUCUCAAGCUCUAA